ACUGCGUUCAGCUGUGRAAAAGGUCAAUGAUAUUAUCUUGUAUAACGGGAUGACACAAGUAGAGAACGACUUGUAACACUAUUGAUUAGUAAUGAUAAGCCAGUUCUAUAUUUACAGAGUUGUGAGCAAAGCCCAAUUGGAAUAAAUAAUCACCGACUGUCUCGAUUUCCGGUCGCCGAAACAGCGCAAGAAUUAAUUUAAGACACUUCAAGACAGAACGGCAACCAUGGCACUAAUAAUACCAAUACUUCUGCUGUUCCUGUGUUUGUCCACUCGUGAUUUCGUCUCACCAACGUUAAGUUCUGCAGCUCAGCAAGGGGAAAACCAACAAGCAAGACACGAACUUCGCUGUCAACCAGGAACAUGUUGUGCUGGAAUAAAUGGAGUACCUGGUACAAACGGUAUACCUGGACGGCCCGGUCCUCCGGGACCAAGCGGACCUCCUGGACAAAAUGGGCUGAAUGGAAUACCUGGUUCCAAGGGCACAAAAGGCGAUCCUGGAACAGAAGGACGGAGAGGUCGCCGAGGAUUUCCGGGGAUAAACGGUAGAAAUGGAACAGAUGGAGUACCCGGUUGGAGGGGGAAGGAAGGACCAAGAGGACCGAUGGGUCAUAUAGGUCCAGCUGGUACGCCCGGUAAACCGGGUGAGCAGGGAAAACCGGGUACCCCGGGACUACGAGGUCCUCCAGGCCGAGUAUCAAGAUCCUGCAAAUGUGAAAGAAAUGUCCCAACUCAGAUGUUCUUUAUCAAUUCGGGGUUUUGGAUCUCGCACAAGCACAUGUUAGGAUUCCAGAACGUGCCAACAGCCAUUGGUGAAUUUCAUAUGAAGGUUUUGGACCCGGUUACCUAUAUACUACAUGUUGGAGGCGAUUGGGUUAACGAGGACUCCGUCACGCUAUAUUUUCGUCUUCACUGUAGCCACCGCAGAAGAGUUGUAUACUUACCGAACGAAACCGGCCACAAAAUUUACAAGUUUAAAGAAGAAAAUCGCCUUGAAUCUGAAUCCUUUACCUAUGUAACAACAAGUUUGAGUCAGACUGGUCGAUGGAGGUGCCAGUUACAAAUCAGCAAAGGCUUCAUUCAGGCUUUUUAUCGCUGGGACUCCCAGUAUGGCGAGAUAAGUCUUACAAUGUGGUAAAAUAAAACCAAAACAAAAUACAAACAAAGUGAGGUUAAGAAGGCUUGAUCAAUUUACCUGACAAACAGGAAAUAGAACCUGGAAUUCAGAAAAUGAAGAGCUUGGAUAAAAGUGCGCGAACGACAAUGUAAAUACUCAUGAUCCUAAAACAAACUUGAAAUUAGGAUUAGGGACAUUUGGGCGAUAUAUCCCGCGGUAUCGUUGUAGGAAAAGAUGCGCAUAUGCUAUACAUUAUUAUGUGUUUUUAUCAAGUUUGCGCAUAUGAUAUGUAGUGUUGGUUUGUGCUCAUUUCAAGUGCGCAUAC